AUGGCUACACCCCAGCAGGCUUAUAUAUUGGAGCAAGAAGAGACCCUGCUGUGGUUGGAAGCCUCAGAAGGAGUUCUUCCCCCAGACAGAGAGUCGGGCUAUUACAGCCACUACCUCAUCGUUCCACACUACCGGGAGUUCCGGAGGUUCGCUUUUGGGGACAAAGCUUACCACCACAUGUCAGAUGACGUCAACCCCAAUGAGGAGAGACCAAGGGCCCCCUCCUCCACUGACCUUCACCAGCCCGCCCCGCACCAGAUCAGGCUGACUGAGGUGGAGAGACACGCCUGCCACGGGGCCGACAAAGCGAGGCAGAAGAAAACCAACGAAGACACAGCUCACAAAACUCAGCUGGCCCUCCUCCAAGCGGGAACGUCCUCCGCUAAUGCCCCACCAGCAUCAGGCCUCUCGACUGGCCAACAGCAGUGGCAGCCCUCCCGAGGGGGAGGCACUAACCUUGGGCGACGCCCCUGGCAGCAGUAUGAUUCCACUCAGCCUCACGCUCCACCACAAUAUGACAACGGCACCUGCUACAACUGUGGAGAAACUGGACAUUGGGCUAGAGACUGCCCUCAGCCGCGCAAGCCACCCCAAAACGGCUUUAACGGGCAUGGGGUAAUUGCAGUUCGCAGGGGCUCGACACCAGAUGGCGCUGCCGGCGCCCAGGGACCCUCGCCGGAAGAGGGAGAAGCCCUAAAGAUGACUGACUCUGACCAAUGGAGAGACCUGGGACCCUGGGUCAGACAGUGCACUCAACUGACCGACUGGACCUUUACCUCAGACCCCUCAGUGUUCUAUUCCCCUGAGGAACAGGCCUCAUUAAGGGGGCCGAACCAGUUGUUAUCAAUCCAAAAUCCUCGUUCAGACCAAAAACGAUUUCAAUACCCACUCCGGCCCGAAGCCAUCGAAGGUAUCAGACCUGUGUUUGACUCACUCCUGGCUGCCGGUGUAAUCGUGCCAUGCAGCGACUCCCCCGUAUGCACGCCCAUUCUGCCGGUAAGAAAAGCUAGAGACCCACCCGCCAUGCCCGAAUGGCGCUUUGUUCAAGAUCUGAAAGCCGUCAAUGCCGCUGUUCACGCUCGCGCCCCACGCGUACCAAAUCCCUAUACUAUUCCAAUGCGAAUCCCGGCCAACGCAAAGUGGUUUUCUGUUGUCGACCUAUCCAACGCGUUUUUCAGCGUUCCCGUUCACCCUGAUUCUCAAUUCUGGUUUGCGUUCCAAUUCAACGGUCAGGGCUACACCUUUACGCGCCUGUGUCAAGGCUACUGUGAAAGCCCUACGAUUCACAAUGACGCGCUCUGUGAGUCUCUGUCGUCCCUUGUUCUGUCUCCAGGUACCGCCCUGUUGCAGUAUGUUGACGACCUUCUCAUCGCAGCUCCGUCUGAAACACAGUGCAUCGCUGACACUCUUGCCCUGCUCAAACACCUGGCGGCCGAGGGCCAUAAAGCCAGCUUGACCAAACUCCAAUUCGUGCAGCACUUCAUUCCUAACUACUCCGAGACAGAGAAGCCCCUGAGGUCCCUGCUCCGCUCCGGGGAGCCUGCUAGGGCGUCCACACUCGCUUGGACGCCUGAGACCGAAGCUGCCUUUGUCGCCCUCAAGGCGGCCCUCCAAAGUCCUCCCACUUUGGGUUUGCCUGACCCCCACAAACCGUUCACCCAGACUGUGGACGAGCGAGCAGGUUGUAUGACUUCUGUUCUUCUUCAAUCUCACGGUGACAAACUCAGACCAGUAGCUUAUUUUUCGUGUAAAUUGGACCCCGUUGCAGCCGGCAUGCCUCGCUGUCUGCGAGCCGUGGCCGCAGCCGAGAAAGCCCUUUUGGCCUCCAGAGAUAUUGUCGGGUACGCCCCACUAACACUUUUGGUCCCACAUGCUGUCACCCUGAUUUUGUCCGAGCAGAAGACGUCACACCUGUCAGCCGCCCGCCACUUGAGGUAUCACACUUGUCUCCUUGAUAUGCCCAACGUUAUUGUCCGGCGCUGUAACGUCCUAAACCCAGCCACUCUCCUCCCGACGGUUGAGGAUGGUGAGCCACAUGAUUGAAUAACUGAACUCUCUCUCUC